AUGGCUCUACUCAGUCUGCCCACCUUCCUGGUGGCUUGUGUGGCUUUCCUGCUGUUCAUCUUUGUGUGGAGAAGAGAAGGCACUCAUGGGCUUUUGCUCCCGCCUGGUCCUCCUCCUCUUCCCAUCAUUGGGAAUAUCCUGCAGGUGAAACUUUGGGACCUGCCCACCUCUCUCUCCAGGCUGGCUGAACAGUAUGGUCCUGUGUACUCACUGCGUCUGGGCCCCCAUCCAAUCAUCGUGCUACAUGGACACGAGGCUGUGAAGGAUGCCCUGUGCGGUCAGGCGGUCAACUUUGGAGGCAGAGGAAGGUUCCCCAUCAUGGAUAAUGCCCUCAGAGGAUACGGGAUUGUUUUCAGUCACAGCCAGCGGUGGAAGCAACUGCGCCGGUUUACUCUCAUGAUCCUGCGGAACCUUGGGAUGGGGAAGAGGAGCAUGGAGGACCACAUCCAGGAAGAAGCCCAACACCUGGUGCAGGCCCUCACACAGACAGAGGCUCAGCCUGUGGACCCUACUUUCAUCCUCGCUUGUGCUCCCUGCAACAUAAUCAGCUCCAUCCUCUUUAAGGAGCACUUCGACUACCAAGAUGAAGAAUUCCUGCAGCUGAUUAUGUUGCUGAAUGAAAACUUUUCCAUAGUGAGCUCCUUCUGGGCGCAGCUCUACAAUUUGUGGCCAUCGUUCAUUCACUAUCUUCCUGGGCGACACCAGAAAUUUUUUAAAAACGUUCAGAAUAUAAUAAAUUUCAUUUUGGAGAGAGUGGCACAGCAUCAAGGGACUCUGAAGCCUGAGCAGCCCCAGGAUUACACCGACUGCUUCCUCAACAGGAUGGAGGAGGAAAAACACAAUCCAUAUUCUGAAUUUAAUUCAGAGAACCUAGUAGCUGUUGGCUUUAAUCUGUUCAGCGCUGGCACCGAGACAGUCACCAGCACCCUGCGGCUAGCACUGCUGAUCCUGCUGAAACACCCAGAGGUGGAGAGUAGAGUUCACGAGGAAAUCGACAAAGUGGUGGGCCGGGACCGGGUCCCCUGCAUGAGCGACAGGGCCCAGAUGCCCUACACAGAUGCCGUGGUGCACGAGGUCCAGAGGUACAUCAAUCUCAUUCCCUCCAAUCUGCCUCAUGCUGUGAUUCAGGACACCAAGUUUAGACAGUUCUUCAUUCCUAAGGGCACAACUGUGUUCCCAUUGCUCUCUUCUGUGUUGUAUGACAGUAAAGAGUUUACAAACCCACAAAGGUUUGAUCCGAACCAUUUUCUGGAUAAAAAUGGCAGCUUUCGGAAGAGUGACUUCUUCAUCCCCUUCUCUAUUGGAAAACGGGCAUGUCUUGGAGAAGGUCUUGCUCGAAUGGAGAUAUUUUUAUUCCUGACCACCAUUCUGCAAAAUUUUACUUUAAAGCCUGUUGUUGAUGAAAAGGAGCUGAGCACUGACCCAAUGUUUAAUGGAUUCUUGAACAUUCGUCAGUCUUUCAAGCUCUGUUUCUUACCCAGAUUGAAAUAAAAAACAAACAAGAGGAAAGCAGGACAGUCAAUCAAACAAAAAUCUCUCUCUACCCAUGGGUGUUAGCAUCACUGGUUAAAAAACCCUGCAAGAUGGGGGCGCCUCGGUGGCUCAGUCAUUAAGCGUCUGUCUUCGGCUCAGGUCAUGAUCCCAGGGUCCUGGAAUUGAG